GGAGUGUGUGAAGGAGCUGAAUCUGAGGAACAUGGUGUCCAUCUCCAUGGAUGGACCCAAUGUAAAUUGGAAAUUCUUUGAGCUUCUACAGCAAGAACACGCUGAGCAGUAUGGUGGUGUCCAGCUGGUGAAUGUGGGUAGCUGUGGCCUCCACACCCUACAUAACGCAUUCAAAUGUGGAUUCUCUAUGUGGCAACUGGAGAAGGUAAGAUAAUUAUAACUAAGAGAAAUCUUUCAUUAGUUUCACUAGGGAAAUUAGUUUCACACAUGGACAAUAGAAAGAAUAUAAAUAGAGCUUGAAUUUGAUUUAAUGUUAUUACAGAUGUUUAUUACCAUUUACACAUAAUGUACAUUAACCGUCAGUCUCGGGAUUUGCUCAGGAUGUUGCUUUGGUUACCCGGGCAACAGCCCAUUUGCCUCCUUGACUCAAGUUGCCCCUGUGAGAAAAAGAUAUCACUGUCACUGUGUGGUCUAAUGGGCGGUGCUGGUUUUACAGUCUGAUAUGACAGGGGGAAUGGGCCUGCAAUAUAUUGCUCCUUUAAACAAUUUUAGUGAAGAAGUCCCACCAGUGCUAUCAGUGUGUGCAUGGGUGGGUAAAAGUCAUUCUCCAUCAGAGAUGACGGUUAACUCAUCAUUCCGCUCUCUUCCACCAAGGUGUUGAGGGGGAUGCACUACCUUUUUCAUAACACACCAGCAAGGAGGGAUGACUUCAUUGCCCUCACCAAAUCCUCAGUCUUCCCGCUACCAUUCUGUGGGCAUCGGUGGAUUGAAAACCUGCCAGUUGUAGAAAGGGCCAUAGAGGUAAUAGUAAUUAAACGUUAUUUAUAUUAUAGCACUCUAACAAAAUUACAAGGUGCUGCACAAUACGAUAAAAUAGACGUGCAUGAUGAAAUAAUAAACACAUACAUGAUGAAAUAUUAAAGGUAUGGCCUUCACUGGUGACAUACGUGGAUGCAGUGCGGACAAAGAAGGUCCAAACCCUGGAACAGCCUCAUUUGACACCAUAGAAGCAGCCAAGCAAGAUCCACUCAUCUUGCCUAAGCUACAAUUCUGACGCACCAGUCAUGCCAUUCCUUUGCAAGGACUUGGUGGAGUUGUUCCAGAGUAUGCUUAGGCGUUUUGUCAAGAGGGAGCAUCUCCAAAACAUCACUCCAGUGCAGCUGGUGAGGCUGGAUGUGGCUGACCAAAAGAUCUGGGUCAACUUGAAGGAAGCUGACAUAGGCUUGGGUGCAGAGGCAGCCCUGAAGGACCUCCAGAGAAAGAACAGCAUAGGAGAGCUCACUGCCCUAGAGUUUAGGAAGGACUGCGUGAAGGGUAUGUCAAAUAUCCUAAAGAAAGUCCAGGACAAGAGCCCCCUGAAGUACCCUAUUGUGAGACAGGUGGCAUGCCUGGACCCCACAGCCAUGUACUCCGACCCGGACUGGUGCCAGGGAAGAAUGAGGAGUGUAGUGCAGAAAUUCCUGCAAGACAAGCAGUUGUCCAGAGGUGUCGCUGCUGGUGAUGUGAUUAUCCAACAGUUUGGGAACUUCAUGUCUGUCGAGGCUAAAAGUGAGAAGUUUUUGUCCUUCCGGCCCAUCGAAACCAGGCUUGAUGUGUUUCUGCAUGGCUUUCUCAGCCAACCCUACCCUGAGCUUUGGGGUUUCUGUCAGAAGAUCCUACUGUUAUCCCAUGGGCAGGCAACGGUCGAGAGAGGCUUCUCGAUAAAUAAGGAGGUGGAAACUGUAAACCUUAAGGAGGACACUGUCAUUACCCAGAGACUGGUAUGUGACUACGUUGCCGUUUGUGGGGGGGUUGCCAAUGUCCCUCUCACCAAGGAGCUGCUGACCUCGGUGGGAUCAGCAAGGUCAAAAUAUAGAGAACACCUUGACCUGGAAAAGAGGAAGAGCCAAGGUGCUGCACAAGGGCAGAAGAGGAAAGCUGCAGAAGAACACAUCGCUGAGCUUAAGAAGAAAAAGAAAACUCUCCUGGAGGUAUGUGGCUCUCUGGAGAAAGAUGCUGACCUGUUUGCCGAGCAAGCUGAGGGUAAGUCCGGCACCUUGAUGGCUCAGCUCAUAACGAAAUCAAACAUCCUCAGGAAGAGAUGCAAGGAAAAAUUAAGUGAGCUGAAAAGGAUUGAGGCAGAACUGGAGAUUAAGGCCACAGAACUGAGGCUCACCUGAGGCUCAUAACGUGUGUGUGUGUGUGUGUGUGUGUGUGUGUGUGCGUGUGUGUGUGUGUGUGUGUGUGUGUGUGUGUGUGUGUGUGUGUGUGUGUGUGUGUGUGUGUGUGUGUGUGUGUGUGUGUGUGUGUGUGUGUGUGUGUGUGUGUGUGUGUGUGAGGUUCAUUCGUUGUUGUUUUUUGUUAGAGGUUUGCAGCUGCACUUGAUAUUUCGUGAACCACAGAGCCAAUGCUGUUUGACUCAAUUUACUAAAUUUGUUUGUGUAUUUUUGUAUAUUAUUUUGUAAACUUCUUGUUCGGAAACAUGCACUUGUUCUUACAGUUUUUGAACCAGAGAGCACUGAGUAUCACUUUAUGUUCAAUAAACAGACAAAAAGUAAACUUGAAUGAGUCUCAUUGAGUGACACACAUGCUACGCUUGGGUUGUAAUACAGCGGGAUCCCCCCCACCAUCGCGGGUUUAAGGUCUUAAAUUUCAUUCAAGGUGGUAUUAAAAAGGUCUUAAAAAGUCUUAAAUUUGACUUGCUGAAACCUGCAGAUACCCUGGUAGGGUAAAUGUGGGUAUCAGGUUAAUUGGUUUGAUCCAGAUAUGUAGGGUAAAUGUGGGUAUCAGGUUAAUUGGUUUGAUCCAGAUAUGUAGGGUAAAUGUGGGUAUCAGGUUAAUUGGUUUGAUCCAGAUAUGUAGGGUAGUGGGGGUAUCAGGUUAAAUGGUUUGAUCCAGAUAUGUAGGGUAAAUGUGGGUAUCAGGUUAAUUGGUUUGAUCCAGAUAUGUAGGGUUAUUUUGGGGUAUCAGGUUAAAUGGUUUGAUCCAGAUAUGUAGGGUAAAUG